AUGAGAGGCUGGGGAGGAGGAAAGCAGCUCUAGGAUCGAGGGAGAGCCACGAGUGGGGAUAAACCCACCCACCUUCCCCAUCCCCAGCCGGCACCGAGGGGGUUACGGGAGGCGGGGACACCCCGGACGCCCCGGUACCGGCCCCUCGGGCGGUGGGUGCCCGCCCCAGCCCCGGGGAAGCCCUGUCCGCUCUUUCCCCUCCGUCCCGAGCCUCCUCUUCGCCCCCGGCCCCGCCGCCACCGAGGGGACAGCGGGGCCGGGCGGCUCCGGGCGGGGGAUGCUGGCGGCUGCCCAUCGCAUCGCAUCCCUUCGGCUUCCCGGGGCUCCACGGCAUCCCUCUGGCUUCCCGAGCUUCACCAUAUCCUUCUAGCAUCCCCUAGCUCCAAGUAUCCCUCUCGCUUCCCGGGUCUCCACCGCAUCCCUCCUGCUUCCCGGGCUUCACCGCAUCCCUCCCGUUUCCCGAGGCUUAAAAGCAUCCCUCCUACUUCCCCGGGCUUAAGAGCAUCCCUCCCGCUUCCCGGCGCUUAAGAACAUCCCUCCUGCUUCCCGGGAAUUAAGAGCAUCCCUCCCGCUUCUCUGGGCUCCACAGCAUCCCUCCUGCUUCCCCGGCUCCACCGCAUCCCUCUCGCUUCCCGAGCUCAUGGCACCCCUCCUGCUCCCCGGGGCUUAAGAGCAUCCCUCCCACUCCCCGGGGCUCCAUCGCAUCCCUCCUGCUUCCCUGGCUCCAUUGCAUUCCUCUUGCUCCACAGCAGCUCCUCAUCAUCCAUCCCCAUGGAGCGAAACCUCUAGGAAAGGGGCAAAACCAAGAGACCCCCGAAGCGUCUGCCCUCGAAGGAGGGGCAGGGAGGCAUCGCGACAUCUUUCUGCUCCGCGACGCCUCGGUUGCAACCUGGCAGUGCGCAAGGGCUGGGGAGAGAGCGGGCAGGGAGCUGGAGAGGCAGGCUGGCUCAGCUCUGGCCUCCCCGUGCCACGCCACUGGUUAGUCAGGAUUAUCCCACUUUCCCUCCUCCGGACGCUCCUCGGCACGCAGUGGGAUUCAGGCAUACGGCUGCAGGAGAAGCAGAAAGGCCUCACAGCUCAGCAACCGGUGAGACAAGGAUGUUGUGGGUGAUGUUCCAGUGAGCAGUGGGGCACAGGGGACCGUGGUGUUUCAGCAGGGCUGGAACAGGGAAAGGUGCCGCGAUGCCCAGGAACAGGGCUUUUUCGGAGCCCGAGUGCUCAGCCGAAUACUCCGCUGACUACUCUGUGAGCCUGCCGUCGGACCCCGAGCAUGGCGUGGGGCGGACCCACGAGGUGACGGUGCGCAGCUCAGGACCCUGCCUCUGCCUACCCCGCUUCAUGCGCCUCACCUUUGCUCCCGAGUCCCUGGAGAACCUCUACCAGACCUAUUUCCGCCGCCAACGCCAUGAGACCCUCCUGGUUCUGGUGGUCUUUGCCGCCCUCUUCGACUGCUAUGUCCUCGUCAUGUGUGCUAUGGUCUACACCGCUGACAAGCUGGCCCCAGUUCUGGCUGCGGUGGCUGGACUGGUUGCCCAUGUGCUGCUCUUCAUCCUUUGCAAGUACAGGUUGCUCCCUGAGCGGGUGGCCCGCAGAUUCCUGCCCUACAUCCUCUGGGUCCUUAUCUUGGCACAGAUCUUCUGCUACUUGGGUCUCAACUUCUCCCGCUCGCCCGAGGCCAGUGACACAGUGGGCUGGCAGGCUUUCUUCGUCUUCUCUUUCUUCAUCACGCUGCCGCUGCGCUUGGCGCCCAUCGUGCUCAUCACUGCCGUCUCCUGCGGCAUUCACACGCUGGUGCUUGGUGUCACCGUCGCCCAGCAGCACCAGGAUGCCCUGGAUGAAGGCGCGCUGCUCAGACAGAUCCUGUCCAACAUUGCUAUCUACCUUUGCGCCAUCACGGUGGGGACCAUGUCCUACUACAUGGCUGACCGCAAGCACCGCAAAGCCUUCCUUGAAGCACGCCAGUCCCUUGAGGUCAAGCUCAACCUGGAGGAGCAGAGCCAGCAGCAGGAGCGGCUGAUGCUCUCCAUCCUGCCCAAGCAUGUGGCUGACGAGAUGCUGAAGGAUAUGAAGAAGGACCCUAGCCAGAAGGAGAUGCAGCAGUUCAACACCAUGUACAUGUACCGCCACGAGAAUGUCAGCAUCCUCUUCGCUGACAUCGUUGGCUUCACCCAGCUCUCCUCGUCCUGCAGUGCCCAGGAGUUGGUGAAGCUCCUCAACGAGCUCUUCGCCCGCUUUGACAAACUGGCAGCCAAACACCACCAGCUGCGCAUCAAAAUCCUGGGAGACUGCUACUACUGCAUCUGUGGGCUGCCCGAGUACCGGGAGGAUCACGCCGUCUGCUCCAUCAUGAUGGGGCUGGCCAUGGUGGAGGCCAUUUCCUACGUAAGGGAGAAGACCAAGACAGCAGUGGACAUGCGGGUUGGGGUGCACAGCGGGACGGUGCUGGGGGGUGUGCUGGGCCAGAAGCGCUGGCAGUAUGACGUGUGGUCCACUGACGUCACCGUGGCCAACAAGAUGGAGGCUGGUGGCAUCCCUGGGCGGGUGCACAUCUCGCAGAGCACCAUGGAUUGCCUGAAGGGCGAGUUCGAGGUGGAACCGGGUGAAGGUGGAUCACGCUGCGAGUACUUGAAGGAGAAGGGCAUCGUCACCUACCUUGUUGUGGUCCCCAAGCAGCCCCUGCGCAACGGCAUCAAUGGGGUGAAACUGUCACUGAGCUCAUCCCAUGGUGGCUCCCCACCAUUGGUCAACACCAAGGAGCGCAAUGGCAGCCUCAGUCUGGCCUGCACCAGCCCUGAGGAACCCGAGGAUCCUGAUGCCAGGGUGAAGGGUGCCAUGGAGAAUGGGGAGGAGGAUGGAGAGGCGGUGAACCCCUCCUUCCCCAACCCACGGCGGCGACUGCGGCUGCGGGACCUGGCUGAGCGGGUGAUCGAUGCCUCACAAAACGAGCAGGAGCUCAACAAGCUUCUCAAUGAAGCCUUGCUGGAGCGCGAGUCCAUCCAGGCGCUGAAGGGGAAGAGCACCUUCCGGCUCUCCAUGCGCUUCAUUGACCCUGAAAUGGAGACGCGCUACUCUGUGGAGAAGGAGAAGCAGAGUGGAGCCGCCUUCAGCUGCUCCUGUGUAGUUCUCUUCUUCACUGCAUUGGUGGAAGUCUUCAUUGACCCCUGGUUGGUGGCCAACUAUGUGACCUUUGCAGUGGGAGAGAUCCUGCUGCUCAUCCUUACCCUCUGCUCAUUGGCUGCCAUCUUCCCCCGGGUAUUCCCCAAAAAGCUUGUGGCCUUCUCUACUUGGAUUGACAGGACCCGCUGGGCACGCAACACCUGGGCCAUGGCUGCCAUCAUCAUCGUCACCAUGGCUGAUAUUGUGGACAUGCUCAGCUGCCGGCAGGACCACGGUGGGAUGGGCAACAGGACCGCAGGACCACUACCAUGGCCAGGUGGCUGCAGGGAGCAGCCCAAGUACUACAGCUACAUCGCUCUGCUGGCCCUGGUGGCCACCAUCAUGCUGGUGCAGGUCAGCCACAUGGUCAAGCUGACCCUCAUGCUGCUGAUCACCGGGGCUGCUGGUGCUGUCAACAUCUACGCUUGGGAGCACAUCUUUGACCAGUACGACCGCCGCCUUGGCCAGCAAAACACGUCUUUGCUGGUCCCCUCCAAGUACUCCAUGACAGCAAUGAUCUUUGUUGUGAUGCUCAGCUUCUACUACUUCUCUCGCCAUGUGGAGAAGCUGGCCAGAACCCUCUUCCUCUGGAAGAUUGAUGUCCACGAUCAGAAAGAGCGGGUCUACGAGAUGCGGCGCUGGAAUGAGGCCCUCGUUGCCAACAUGCUGCCCGAUCACGUGGCCCGGCAUUUCCUGGGCUCCAAGAAGCGGGAUGAGGAGCUCUACAGCCAGUCCUAUGAUGAGAUUGGAGUCAUGUUUGCCUCCCUCCCCAAUUUUGCUGACUUCUACACAGAGGAGAGCAUCAACAACGGGGGCAUUGAGUGCCUGCGGUUCCUCAAUGAGAUCAUCUCUGACUUUGAUGCGCUCCUGGAUGAACCCCAAUUCCGGUGCAUCACCAAAAUCAAAACCAUUGGCAGCACCUACAUGGCUGCUUCUGGAGUGACUCCCGAUGCCAAUGCCAAUGGCUACAGUGCCAAGAAGGAGACCCUCUCAGAUAAAGAACGUUGGCAGCACUUGGCAGACCUGGCCGACUUUGCCUUAGCCAUGAAGGUGACGCUGAUGAACAUCAACUACCAGUCCUUCAACAACUUCAUGCUCCGCAUAGGCAUGAACAAGGGGGCCGUGCUGGCAGGAGUCAUCGGUGCCCGCAAACCACACUAUGACAUCUGGGGCAACACAGUGAAUGUGGCCAGCAGGAUGGAGUCCACUGGUGUGAUGGGCAACAUACAGGUGGUGGAGGAGACCCACCUCAUCCUGAAGGAGUACGGCUUCCGCUUUGUGCGCCGGGGAGCCAUCUACGUCAAGGGCAAAGGGGAGCUGCUCACCUUCUUCCUCAAGGGCCGGGAGAAACAGGGCUCCUUCAUCAAUGGCUCCUCCGUCACCCUGCCCCAUCAGGUGGUGGACAGCUUGUGAGAGGCUGGCAUCCGCCUGCCACCACAGCCACCAUCUCCUGGCAUGGAGUGGGACAGCUCGGGAGGGCCCAGCACCCACUGUCAGGGACGUCCAUCCCACCGUGGUCCGGAUUGGAAACCAAACUCCAGAAACCAACCCCUUCGCACGACCCUUUCUGAGCCCCUGCUGGAGGUUUCUGGUGGGGGAAGUUCACUCCAUGGUCAAGCAGGAGGAGAUACAGGGAUGUUCCAGUGGGCUUCUCCAGCUGUUCACGCUCGCGUGCAAGCGCACACAAUCUCACAAGCCCUGGCAGGCACAGAGCUGGGAACACACGCUGCCUUUUUCUGAUAUCCCAGCCUUCACCAGAGGGGACAGCAUAGCAUUAAAGCAGCAUCACGGGCCUUGGCACGAGGAGAUCCAAACUCAGGGCUGGAUGGGAAGACACCACCGUCUCUCCUGCGUGCUGGGAGCGGUAGCUACAAACUGGGAGCAUCCAGAUGUUUGCUGUUAGUUCGUACCAAGUUCAUCCUCAUCACCAACCGCUGUAGGUAGGAGAUCGGGAAGACAGAGAGCGUGGCAUUGCCUUCGACUUGGGGAGGAAGAAAAAGGAGCCAAUAUUGUGUAUUUCAGAGAUAUAAAGAGAUAUAAGAUUGACAUUUAUAUUUUUAACUGUGCCUGUUCCCUCCCUGCCAGUGCUCAUCCGGAUGCUGCCUCGCACACGCUGCUUGAUGGAAAAGAGAUCUGGGGAAUGGGGCGAGGAGUGGAAUGGCAUUAAAUCUGGAGGAUGGAGGCACCUGCAGAGUGUAACUAAGCCGCUAGUUUCUGGAAUAGAAGCAGUUGAAUUU